AUGGCUAGCUUGAUCAUCAUCGCUCUGUUGUUGUUGUUGUCGUCGUCGUGCAAUUGGGACUACGGUGACGCCAUGAGGCUAGAGAUCGAGAAGGUGACGAAUACUCUGAUAAGUGGAGUGAAACCUGGGCCUCCGUCGGCCUAUGUCUGCGCCAUGUCGGACCGGGACCACCUUAUCGAUGACGAGCCCGGCGUUUGGGCCUGGGCCAGCUGCGCCGAGUCGCUGGCCCAGCCCGACUGCACCCAGUGCGUGUAG